UCAACGUCAUUUUCACUACAAAAAGAUGGAAUGGAGUCCAGUGGUUCUCUUGUCUUCUGCUUGUUCUUCAAAACUUCUUUACGGAAUCAAGGUCCUGGUAAAUGAACUCUACAGUGGACUUUAGCAUAAGUAGGAAUGAAGUAAUUAAUGGUAAAGUAAGCAAAAUUAGAGAACGACAAAGCAUGUUGUUAAAAUUCACACUGCCUUGUAGUGUAACCUUUUCUAGAGUUAUGCUUUUUCUUUGAGGACAUUCUUUAAUUUUCAAAAAUCAUGAACUGCAUAACACUGAAAGGUACACUUAUUUUUAAUAUAAUGCUUUACACUUUAUUAGCAUGAGUAUAUCAUUAAAAACACAAAAUGGACUUGUUAUCAUUAAAAUCAAUAGGAAAUAGGGGUUUCCGUUUACCCAUUGGAUAAAUCGGAGAUGGCAUGGCAAGCCAAUAACUGAUCCUAGUAUAGUUGUAUAAAUAGAAUUAUUCAAGGACUUCAAAUAAAUAUAAAUUCACCAAGUUACACUACAAUGUGGAUGGAAUUGAACAAUGUUGAAAAAGAAAUUGUACAAAUUAUUGCUCAGCAUGAUAUCAGAUGGCUUGUCAAGGGGGCCGCAACAGAUAAGCACUAUUCAAAGUAUGAAACAUCCACUACAGUUACUCAAUAUCUUUUAACUAACAGUAAAAAACAGAAGAUCAUAAAUAAGUCCUGUAGGGAUGUAAAGUACGUUGGUGCAUUCCUCACAUUAGGUUGUUGGCAUAUUUAUUGGCAUAGGUUAUGCAAGAACUUCACAUAUUUGUUCUAUUUCGUCAUGUUCCCUAUUACUAACCCAAACUCAUCAAAUGUAACUAGUAAGAAACUGUCAGAGCUCAAGUCCAAGAAAACAACCUUUGUGUGCCAGCAAACACCAGUGUCCUGUCAUAUUUGGUUUGCUUGCAAUGGAUGCCUCAUAUAUACAAGGUAUUUGGGCAUUUUGAAUUGACUUGUUAUCACUAAAAUCACAAGGGAAGAGGGGUUUCCGUUUACACAUUGGAUGAAUCGGAGAUGGCAAAGCAGAGAGUAACUGAUCCUAGUAUAGUUGUACAAAUAGAAUCAUUCAACCAAGCUAUUUCAAACACAUUCCUAAAAUAUAAAUCUAAAAAACAAUCUCGAAUGAAUGAGUUACGUUGAAUCCAUAAAUCCAAUUGAAACCUUACUUUGUUUCUACUCUCUUUCUAUUUUUCAAAUCAAAAAUAAUUUAUAAACUUCCCUAUGAUAUCUGGCAAUAUGCCGAUAUCUACUUUACCUUCCAUCAAUGCAUAGUAUCCCCAUUUAGGACAUAAUUAGAGGGCACUGCCCCCCAUAAAGCUUCUAUCAAGAUCCAUCACUUAAAUAAUGUCCUUAAAAAAUUACUAAAUCAAUAACUUUAUGGCUGCAUCUAUACCCCUACUCUCUCAUAAUCGCAAGUGGAUCUCAGAAUAAGAGAGACAAGAAUGCAGGUACAACUAUAAUGCUCUUGGAUUUAACAUUCCCUUGCAACUAAAUGUGAUUUUACAAUUGAAAUCCGAACAAUAUCCUUCCAUCAUCUGCUCAUUAUCAGGAGCCAGAUAGAAGCACUGAAACUAGACCAGAAAAAGAUGUUCUAAUAACAGUAGUGCAAUUUUACCUCCUCCCGGGGACAUUCCUGAAUGACAGAUAUCUGCUUGUAAACUCCUCUUCUUUAUUGAACCUGCCAAAUGACAAGCCAGCCAUCUUUACCAAUGUACUGGGUGGCUUUGGUUUUCAAACUCUUCUUAUAGUAGUUCCUCAGUUUCUCUUAGCUUCACUAAUACACAUUUUCUUGCUGAAAUUUAACCAGUCUCAUAAGCAUUUCCAAGCCUUUU